AUGGCAGAACACAUUUUCGCCUGCGACGACGCCUCGCUUGAUCCCCGCAUCAAGCACAACCUCCCUCUCUUCUAUGCGGCUGCCGACACCCCUAAUCACGAAUUAUGGUGCAGCUUCUUGACUGAUGACGUUGUCAUCAAGAAGGGCGCUUCAGAAAUGAAGGGAAAGGAUGGUUGGACUCAUUCAGCCGUCAUGGCCUUCCGCAAAGUCGCCAAGAAGGAAAUCAGUGAAAGUACCGAUAAGAGUGUGACAUUGGAUUUUAGACUAUCUGCUUAUGGACAAGAAAAACAACUUACUCUCUCUGCUAUACAACCGUAUAUAACAUGUCUAAUCUCACACGUAAUGCUUCCAACAGAGAGUCAAGAUGUGCAAUCUCUUAUACUUCUGUAA